AUGUGGAGGCAAGUAAAGGGAGCUGAAAAAUUUAAUAAUGGAGGAUUUACAGCUUGCUCAUUGCUGGUCACUCAUUUUGAACUGAAAAUAGCUGGAGUAGAUCCAAAAAAGAAAAUCGAAGUAGGAAGUUUCCGAGUUUCGCCAACCGGAGAACAGAAAGGACUUAAAGAGAUCGGCUAUGCACGUUCCGAAUCUCAUUUAACAGAAAUUAUUGAACACGUGUGUGACGAGGCGAAACAAUACAAACUUGUGGUAAAUACAUUGACCGGAAAGUCUGUAUAUGUUCAUAAAGAUGCUACAUAUCUGAAAGGAGACGAGUCAUCGAAAAUAAGAUCACGUCUACAGAAUGCUUGUAACGACUUCAUUGAUUCUCACGAAGACGAAUUACUGACAUUCCUGAAAACAGCCCAUGAAGAACCAGUCAAGACAUUCUGUCAUUACGAGAUCGGAGUUUGUUCUUCUGUUGACGUGGCUGCUCUUCCACCAAACGAACCACCAAAAAAUGAAGAGGAACCAAUGAAUCUGUCUGAUAUCCCUGAUGAUGAGCUGUAA